AUGCGUUCAUCUCCUUCUAUGCCUACGUCUGUGUCUAUGUCACAAGAACAUGAAGGCUUGGGUCUAACUCCAGCCUCGAUUACUAUCGUGGACGACACGAGAACAACAACAACAACCACAGAAGACUAUUACAACUACACCCACGUCGCAAAACAGCCGCAUUACUUUCCGCAUUACUCUACUGAUCCAGCCACCAUCAACUAUUAUUAUCCCUCCUCGCCGGAGACACGUAUAUCCAUGUCCGGCUCAUCAUCAGGCUCGUACUCUAUACCGCCACAGCGCACGGGCAAUUGGGACUCGGCCGUCGCAAUGUCGCCGUCAUCUCCUAUAUCGCUGUCACCGGCUGUUGCUUUGAAUACACAUGCAGAAGCAUCUCGAGCAGAGGCCGGAUUUAUCACUGAUAAUUACAAGAAUUCGCUCAAUCACUCAGGGCUUAGUUGGUCUGCGGAGGGCUCGCUGUCUGAUGGCGGCCAUGGACAUGGACGAAACUCUUCGCGCAGCGUCGGUGGUGUUCCCGAAGGACCGAGUACCGUGACGGUUUAUACAACGACGGCAGAUGAUAAAGAGGCCGAACGGAACCAGGAACCCAAUGCCGUUUUAGUUUUGCUCCUCCUCUCCGCACCAAUCCCAUUCUUCUCCAUCUGCACCUCCAUCUACGCCCUCCUCGCUGUCUUUCUCGUCAUAUUCACAUCUCCGCUUCGCCUCUGUCCACCAACCGCCUUCUUCCGCUCAACCUUCUCAACCCAACUCUGCAAACUCCUCGCUCCAGCACUAUGCAAACACGACCGACUCGCUCAAUCCAGUACCAGCCACUACAACCAUCACCGCCUACCCACCAUAACAAAUCCGACAGACACCUUCUCAGCACCAGGACUAAUCCUCGUCCUAACUCUGGCUCCAUUCCUAUGCUUUGGAUUGCUAUUGGCGGUCUGGAUCGCAGCAUUCUUCUGGAUAUUUGCCAUGAUCCUCGGGAACCCAGACGGAACGGAGCGGAAAGAUGACGGCCGAGCGGCUGUUCUAGGCGUUAAUCGGUGGUGGCAGACGUGGUUGACAAAGGGGAGGAAGGCUCGAUAA